AUGCAUGUCUUAGGCCUCACAAGCAUUUCGGUGGCAAAAUGGUUAGCUUUAUGUCCACUCUUCAUCUCAUUCCCAUUUUUUUCUUCUCUCUGCUUGGAAUUGCAUCCUACAUUAAUUCAAGUUAUUAAACCCAUUUCAUGUACCAAGUCCAAGAGCCCAAAUUUAAGAUGCUUAGAGGGGGAGAGUAAAGCACUUCUUAGCUUUAAAAACAAUCUUACAGAUCCAUCGGGUCGUCUCUCUUCUUGGGUUGGUGAUGAUUGCUGCAACUGGAUAGGUGUUGGCUGUGACAACAACACAGGAAAUGUCGCCAAGCUUGACCUCAGAAACCCAUUUUCGUCGUUUAAUUAUUAUGAUGUUGAUGCAGAUAUAUUUUCUUGGUAUGAAGAUAUGGAAGCUUACAACAAGUCGUGCCUUGGGGGCAAGAUAAGUUCUUCUUUACUCGAUCUAAAGCAUUUGAGUUACCUUGACCUAAGCUUGAAUAAUUUUGAUUGCAUCAAUAUUCCAAAGUUUUUGGGUUCCCUUGAAAGUUCGACGUAUCUCAAUCUCUCUUUCUCAUUGUGUGUUGGUGUUAUUCCUCCCCAUCUUUGGAAUCUUUCAAGGCUUCAAUAUUUAGACCUCAAUUCAUUUUCAAUCUUUGACUUUUUAUCUCCAAGAUUGGAGGCCGGAAGUCAAGAAUGGGUUGAUGGUUUUCCUUCUCUUAAGUACCUUGGAAUGGAUUUUGUAAAUCUUGAGAAAGUAUCAAAUUGGUUUCAUGCGGUUAAUAUGCUUCCUUCCUUAAGAGAGUUACACUUAGCUGGCUGUGGACUUGUUAGUCUUCCUCACUCUGUUUCCUCCAUCAAUUUUAUACUACUUUUAGUCCUCGAUCUCUCUUACAACCCUUUCAACUCCUUCAUACCUCACUGGUUGUCAAAUGUGAGUGAGCUUUCAACAAUCAAACUUAAGUCCACUUUGCUUGGAGGUACCAUUCCAGUUGGUCUGGGAUAUCUAACCAACUUGCGUGGCUUGAAUUUAGCUGGAAACAAUUUAAUUGGAAAGAUUCCGAACUCAUUUACUAACCUUUGCAACUUGGAAGCAUUAUAUCUGGAUUGGAACAAUAUAAAUGGCAAGAUAAUUGAGUUUGUAGAUGGCUUGUCUCAAUGUUCCAACAUUAGCUCUGAAGAUGGGAACUUAUCGUCAUUGCAAGAACUUCACCUCACUGGUAAUCAAAUGAACGGAACCAUUCCAAAAAGCAUCGGGAAACUGUCAAUGCUUGUUUCAUUGGACCUAGCAGAGAAUUCUUGGGAAGGUGUCCUAACUGAAGCUCAUUUUCAAAAUCUCAUCCGAUUAAAAUCUCUUAUGUUGUCUACGAGAUUUUUUGCAAAUUGGACAUUGGUUUUAAAUGUCAAACAGGACUGGGUUCCUCCGUUUAUGCUGGAAACUAUUUUUUUAAUAAACGUGUGGAUCGGCCCAACUUUUCCAACUUGGCUAAAAACACAAAAUGGACUCAAGGUUCUUGUGCUUGACAAUGCUGGCAUUUCUGACACCAUUCCGCAUGGCCUUUGGAAGUCCUACCCAAAUGUCACCGUUUGGAGUCUAUCUGGUAACAAACUACGGGGGCAGGUACCAAACUUUCAAUUUCACCCUUCAGCAUAUUAUUUUGAUUUGAGUUCCAACAACUUAGAAGGUCCACUUCCACUUUUUCGCAGUAAUCUAAGCGAAAUAUUCCUAGGCAAUAAUAUGUUUUCUAGACCUAUUCCAGAAAACAUAGGUGAGUUAUUGCCCAAGUUGUCUGGGUUGAAACUCUCUUCAAAUUCGAUUACUGGUGAAAUUCCGCUUUCUAUUGGAAUGCUAAAGGAAUUAACUAGUCUUAUUUUGAGAAACAAUUCCCUAUCCGGGAAACUCCCCCCUCUUUGGAAGGAUUUGCAAUCGUUAUUAAUAUUGGACUUAGCAGAGAACAAUAUAUCCGGCAAUGUUCCAAGUUCAAUGCGAUAUUUGAGAUCACUGAGUAUAUUGUCAUUGAGCCAAAAUCAUCUUGAUGGAGAGUUUCCUUCUUUCUUUAGAAACUAUAGAAACUUGCAAAGCCUUGAUCUUGGAAGAAACAAAUUCUCUGGAAAACUUCCAACAUGGUUAGGAGAAAGUCUACCAUUUUUAUUGAGGUUAAGACUAAGGUCCAACUUAUUUCAAGGGGACAUACCCCAACAAUUAUGUCGUCUUUCAAAUCUUCAAAUCCUAGACCUCACACACAAUGAUUUUUCAGGAGUAAUCUCUCAAUGUUUAGGAAGCUUGCAUAGUAAUGAGAAUGAAAGUUAUGUUGUAGACUAUGAUUAUCAAAUGUUGUUGGUUUCUAAAGGAAUCGAAUAUGGAUAUGGUCAAAGUGUUAUUGAUCUUGUAUAUUCUAUAGACCUUUCGAGUAACAAUUUAUUAGGAGAAAUACCUGAUAAUAUAACAAGCAUCUCAGAAUUGGUCAUCAUGAAUUUAUCAAUGAAUCAUCUCACUGGAAGAAUUCCUAAUAAAAUUGGGAAUUUACACAUGUUAGAAUCACUUGAUCUCUCGAUGAAUGAGCUUUAUGGUCCUAUCCCUCAAAGCUUGUCUUCUUUGACUUUCUUAACUCACUUGAAUCUGUCAUUCAACAACUUGUCUGGGAAAAUUCCAAGUGGGAAUCAACUUCAAACACUUGGUGACUCCUCUAUCUACAAAGAAAACUUUUUACUCUGUGGGUCUCCUCUUUCAACCAAGUGUUUAGAGGAUGAAACUAAACCUGUGGUAACACCAAAUGGUGGUAAUGGAGUAGCCAACAAACAUGGAAGGGGAAUCGAGUCAUUCUCGCUUUACAUUAGCAUGGUAGCUGGGUUUAUUGUUGGAUUUUGGGGAGUUUGUGGCACACUAAUUAUCAAAACAUCAUGGCGACAAGCAUACUUUCAAAGUUCUGAUAAUUUGAAGGACAAGAUUGUUGUGUUUGUUAUGAUUAAAGUUCACUUCUUGCUAAGGAGGGUCAAGUCGGAGAGAUGUUCAAGCUAG